UAAAACAAGACAAAAUUAGGUAGGCCAAACAUUAACAACCGGCCAAAACAACCAAACCCCAUUUUAUAUUUUCGUCGUGCAGUUUCAUUUUUGGUCGUUUUCACGUUCGGCCAACCAACCAACACAAAGGAGACUCAAACGGAACAAACAAACUAGCCAACCAAAACCCCCAAUACAAAAAACCCAAACCAAUCAAAAAACUUCUUGCUUUGGUCACGGAUGGAUCAAGCCUUGCCUAAACCACCACCGGUGGUCACCACCGUCGUCCCAGAACCGCCGCCACCACCACCACCAACGCAGCCGUAUGUUCUACGAUACAUGGCGGAUUUUCUUGGCCGGAUUGGUAUAAAGGACACAGACAAAGAUGGUAACGUCAGCCCACAGAGUCCGAGGAGUCCAAGGAGCCCAAGAAACAACAUUCUCAUGGGUAAGUACGAGCUAGGGAAGCUUCUUGGUCACGGAAGCUUCGCAAAGGUUUAUUUAGCUCAAAACAUAAAGUCCGGAGACAAAGUCGCCAUUAAAGUCAUCGACAAAGAGAAGAUCAUGAAGAGCGGUUUGGUUGCUCACAUUAAAAGAGAAAUCUCGAUCCUCCGCCGUGUUCGUCACCCUUACAUCGUUCACCUAUUCGAGGUCAUGGCUACGAAGACAAAGAUUUACUUCGUUAUGGAGUACGUUCGAGGCGGUGAAUUAUUCAACGCGGUGGCUAAAGGUAGAUUGCCGGAAGAAACGGCUCGUAGAUAUUUCCAGCAGCUGAUCUCCUCUGUUUCGUUCUGCCACGGACGCGGUGUUUACCACCGUGACCUCAAACCGGAGAAUCUGCUUUUAGACGACAAGGGGAAUCUUAAAGUCUCUGACUUUGGUCUCAGCGCGGUGGCAGAGCAGCUUCGACAGGACGGGCUCUGCCACACGUUUUGUGGGACUCCAGCCUAUAUUGCACCCGAGGUUCUGACUCGAAAAGGGUACGACGCAGCGAAAGCUGACGUUUGGUCUUGUGGAGUGAUCUUGUUCGUGUUGAUGGCUGGUCACGUUCCGUUCUACGACAAGAACAUAAUGGUUAUGUACAAGAAGAUUUACAAAGGCGAGUUUAGGUGUCCUCGUUGGUUUUCAUCGGAUCUUGUUAGGUUAUUGACUCGGCUUCUUGAUACGAAUCCGGAUACUCGGAUUACUAUACCGGAGAUCAUGAAGAAC